AUGAAUCUUCAAUCAAGCGAAACAAUGGUGGAUCUCGUGAUUGCGACUACAGGCUGUUCUGCGGAAGUUGCAGAGCUCUUGUUUGGAUAUUAUGGCGGCGAUGCGGAAAAGCUUUUGAAUGCCGUGCUGGAUGAUGCCAGUCUGGCGCAGCCCGAUAAUCCCCUAGAAGUGGCGGCACUUCUGAUGCAGAAAGCCAAGAACUCGCCGGGCCAGCGGGUGCGAGGCAACGACUUUGAACAGCGCAGCCGUAGUCCCAUACUAGGACAUAACGCACAAGAGCCGAGAAACGACGCCAGCAAGACACUGCGCGAUGGCCAGAGUACAAACCCGAUGACUCGUAAAAUCAAAAACGAAUCCUCAUUGAGGAUUCGUGAUUUGUUAUAUCCACAUUUGUUGCGAGAAUUUGAUGCGAAGUCGGUGGGUACAGGUAACGUUGCAGCGGAGUCCACUCCUGCGACAGGUACUACGACCGGCUCUUCUUCGUCAUCGGGAUCGUCGUCAAGCUCCGCCUCCGGAGGCGCAGACCUCAAGGGCCACAAACAAAAAGGCGAGGCCAGCGAGGAGAGUGCCUACAACGAGGCACUGAAGCGGGCGAACAUCUCUACUGGCGGAGGAAAAUUUCGAAAAAUGAAGAUCAAACAAUGGAUAUUCUUUGCUGAUGGAAUGCUUCAGUGUGACGACGACACCGGCUUCAAUUACGCAUUCAGGUUAGAUCCGGCACGCACACAGCCGGGGCGCAUCUACAACACCGACGGGGGCCAGUGGUACAAACGUCGGGAAACGCCAAAGCCCCCCGUAGGCGCAGACGUUCCGCUGCUGCGGAUGCCGGAACAAGUGCGCCUGGACCCGGAGAUUUUCGGUGCAAGAGCGGAGGAGGCGAACGAACAGCUUGGAAAAUUCCUUCGGCUGCAUCGCGCACUCAUCUCGAAAGCAAUGUUGGUACGGUCGCAGUCACUGCCUUUCUACCCGGGCCGAUAUCUGUUCGCGGAGUCGGACGAGGACGAUCCCGCAAGUAGCGCUGCCCGGGACAUAGAAUUCGCUUCUGUGCCGUUCCUGGUUCGGGAAGGAGCUGCGAGCGCAUCGGAUGUCGUCCACCUGACGGACCUGCUGCGGGAUCCCGCAUGCAGCAUCACAGCCGCAGCGGCCGGGGCCCCACCCACUCUCAGCACGGUCGCGCGCGGAAAAAGGCCCGCAGCGUUCGCCGCGGCCGAGCAUGCCGGCAUUGAGGGAAUAGGAGAUCGUGAAGAAGGAACAGCUAACAGCGAUUACGGAAUUUCCUUCAAGUGGAACCGACCAGCAGGGGUUUUUCAGGGGGAGACCAUUACUGAGGGAUUCCGCGACGACAUGGCACAGACGCGUUUCCUCGGUGGCCCGCCGAAACACGUCCACUACGGGUGGAAAGAGUUGUGGAAGUACGGCCGCAAGGGAGCCAUCGAAUUCGGCCGUCAUUUUGCUUGCGAUGCCAACACCAUGUCGCAUAUGCUGUGCCCGCACCUGGUGGGGUUUGACGUGCGCUACAUCUGUCAUCAACCCUACAAAAUGGCGCUCGGUGACGAUUGGAAGGAAAAACAGGGCGACUUCCUUUCCUUUGAGGUUCUUAGUGAAGAGAACGCGGACCACAAGGAGCCCCGUUGGUUUCAAGAUCGUAGCCGCCCGUGGUUCGGACACGUCCAAAGGAAAAACGACAAAGCCGAUGAGCAGUUGUGGCGGUACCACCUGAAUCGCUUCUACAGAGAGGUCGAAGACCAUCCCGGUGCAGAGCUCGCCAUUCCGCGGCACAGCUGGUUUUAUGAUUUUUUCAGAACAAACAGCGGUGACGUGAUGAAGCUCCAUGUGAGCCGCGUCGUACAGGAGAGCGUGAAGCGCGUCCGUUUCCUGUACCCAAACCGAGAAGUCUCGUACAAUUUGCAAGUUCGAAGAAUCGAAGAGCUGCCGCAGUUGACGCGCAUCGGCACUAUGGACGUGCAAGCAGAAUUUGAACUCCCGAACAACGAUCACGAUCUUCCGGCAACCAUGCCUCCAGGCUGGAGCAAGACGUUUCCACUUCGGCCUGAGCAACUUCGGUCCUUGCGCUGGAUGCAGGAACGUGAGCGGCAGGCAAGUACACACACUACCGAAAUCGUCCGCGUCUUCCGAUUUACGGACGUUCUUGAUUGCUUUCUGCAGGUGACGAUCAAGAUCGGCACACCAAUCGGCGGAGGGAUUCUCGCGGACAAGGUGGGAUACGGCAAGACAGCAACCUGUAUCGGUUUGAUUUCCUCUAGCAUCAGCGAAAACAAUGUCGCGCCCCCGCGUGGCCCUGGUUCUCUUCUCCGCAUCGAUUCGAAAGACAUGGAGUCCGUUCGGCACAGUGCGAGGGCAGCAGAUCAGAACGUGUCCACUGCGUCAGAGAGCACCACCAGCGUGGGAGCAGCGAGCGACGACGGCGGCUUGCGUUACAUCGUCACAGAGGACGGCCGCAAACUGAUCCGCUCCAACGCCACCGUCAUACUCGUCCCGAGCCAUUUGAUUGGCCAGUGGUCGCAAGAGAUCAGUAAGUUCGACGCAGGACGCCGCCUGAGAGUCCUCGUGGUGCGAACAGUGUCGGACAUGAAGAAGCCACAGAGGGCGUACGUAGAGGACUACGACGUGAUUAUGUGCACGUACAGGCUUUUGUACUCGAAGACAUACGAACAAGAGCAGGAGAACCGGCGCCGCGAAGCCGGGUCCGAGGAACCGGCGCAGCGACUUCCAGGUCAUUUUGACCGACCUAAUAGACGCAGCCAAAGUUGCCGCCUGCUCGAGGACUUCUUCUGGAAGCGCAUUGUCUAUGACGAAUUCCACGAACUGGAGGGCAUGGAUGUGGAGAAAAUUGAUAACCUGCUGCAAUUCAAUGCGCAAAACGUCUGGGGUUUGACAGGAACGCCCCGCGUCGAAACGGUGAAGGCUGUUGUCGGGAUGGCGUCAUUGUUCCGCAUCGACCUGGUGGGGCUGCAAGAAGAGUCGCAGGACCUGGGCGAUCGCGUGCAGAAUGUCCUCACGACGGGCGUCUGGAAUGCCAAAAACUUAAAAACGACAGAAGAAGAUCUAGCAGUGAAUAGAUCGCGCUGCCCUGCAAAGACGAGAAGAUGGAAGAUCGAAGAGCUGCGCGUCGCUGGAAGUUCCGUUCCUCAUCCUCGAGUCCCGUGUCCAGUAUGCUCCAUUGCAGGCUGCGUAACGAUCUCAGAGUACGAAGAGGGGGCGCAGCAGGUGCCGGGCGAACACGGCGAGAGGGAAGCAAGUGCGCUGCUUUCGUGUGGAUUUUGCCAGAGUUCAGCCAGGGUGAAGAUAGACGAGUUUCAUCAAGAAAACGAGGCAAUGUUGAAGCCUGCGGAAGCUGAUAAAAGGGACGAGCGCAGAUUCGAACUUUUGGCAGAGUCGCACUUUUGGGACUACUCUGCUGUGCAUUGGAGCCAAGCCCGGAAGUUUGUGGAGGUUGGUUUGCGGUUUAGAUGAUUGAAAGUUCUUCUUACGUGACCUUGUCACGCGAACGCACUUGUUCCGUUUGCCAUUUAAUUGAUUUCGUCUUAACUGAAAUAAAGAGGACCCCUACGAAAAAAGCAACGCAGAUGACGUAAGAAAGUAAGGGAGAGAGCAUGCAGGGUCGACAUUUUUAGUUUUGUCCAAAAGCUGUAUAUCUAUGUGAUCUCAAAAACAGUCCUUCAUCCGUCAAAACUCGGCGGAGUCGUUGCUGGAAGGGAUCGAGACGCAGGAGCACGUGAUUGCCUUGACGCAGACUCCGUCGGAGCGGGCACUGUACAUGAACGAAGUGAACAAUCUGAACUACGUCGAGGUAGGAUUGGUAGACCAGGAGGACGACGAAAAUUCAAACGAAAAAGGUGCAGCAGCUCAGAAUCCUGACGCAGAGCAAAAACCGGCGCUGAAGAAGCAAAAGAUAUGCAGCGAAGGUCUCGACUUCGGCAAUCUGGUCGUCGCAAAGACGGACACCCGGAGUCGUGAGCGUCUGAUCAAAUUGUGCUGCAAUUUCUCCACCGUGGACCGAGUCGAAGUUGAUACCGCGAACAAGGAGAUCAAUCGAGUAUACGCACUGCACCAACGUCGCCUCGACGCGGCUUUGAGCAAGGUACGUGGUCAGAAGAUACAGAGACAUCACUGGAGCGUUUCCUUGAGCCUCAAAACGAACAAAGAUCAUGCGCUUAGUCGCCUCUUGUCGGUCUCGGCCUGAUGUGACAUUGAUUCAAUGUUUGUAGGUUCUUGGUUUAAGAAGUGAGUCAUUGGUGAGGCCAGGAUACAACAGGAUUUGACGAUCUUUUCUAUCAUCAAUCAUUCAUGGCAUCAAAGCCCUGUCUGAUCAGCAACUCCUGUGCAUCUCGACAAAACUACAGGUAGCGACUGCCAUGCGACAGGUGGAGUGCGCCAAGCGGCUGUAUCGCGACUGGGGCAACGAGCGGGAUUAUAGUGCAACGCCUUUGGUCCACAAGCUCGACGCAGCCGUUCAGGAGGCGAGGCAGCGGGCGGGACCGCUGUCGCCUGGCUCUCGCGGUGGAAAACUAGAUCUACUGGACGCCGAUCGGUAUUUGCUGCAGCGACUCGAGUACUUGCGGUGGUUGCUACUCUCUCCUACUAAAUUUCGGGACCCCUUUGGAGACGACCCGACGAAGCAGCUCGACCCAAUCUGGGACCUGGGACUGCCCGGCCUGCUCUCCGCGGCGUUUGACAACAGCAAGCCCGGUAAUUUGAGCCCGGAGGAGCUGCAAUUCCGUGAUCGACUAGACCCGUAUUUCCCAAAGAUGGAUCCCGAGCGAUUUUGGGAAAAACAGAUGACACCCCUGCAGACGGUGCCCGGCCGCCCAGACUGCGGGGAAGGAGAAGAUGCGGCUGCGCUGCUCGUGCGACAGGUCUUCGAUUACGGGCUGAAGAAUUUUCACAGGCGUCUUGAGGUUGAGUUGAAGCAGAACUUCCAGCCCUUUGCUUUCUUUUGUCGCACUCUGAAAACGUUCUGCCGUCCCCAGGCUCAGGCACCGGGGAAGGCAAACCCAAACACCACCGCGAGCUCUUCCUCCUCCGCACCGGUUAUGCAGCAGGAUACCAGUCUAGGCAAUGCGGUUUCAUCUGCCGGAGGUGAUAACGAAAAUGAGGAGGUCGCUACCGUGGAGUUUGAGUGUCCUGUGUGCUUGGAAGUUGCGAAGGGCAACAGUGAGCCAGUCGACUACAGCAAAGGAGAAUUUGCGGUGCGUGACAUUCGUUUAACACCUUGCGGGCACGCGUUCUGUCGCUCGUGUCUGAUGGAACAAGUGCAAAGUCAUGGAAGUUGUCCCACGUGCCGGAAGCCCAAUCUGAAGACCACCGAUUUAUGCGACAUUGCCGAAGAGGCGGACGACAUUCGGAAAAGAGAAGCGCAAAUCGAAAAGCACCAAGCGCAAGUGCCAGAGCACACCGAGUCCGAUGGACCUAAAGAGAAGGGGGCUGAGCCAGCGUAUUGUACUCGAUUUGAUCUGAUGAAGUAGAAGUCGUGCUCGUGCCUUUCUUUGCCGCUCUGUGUAUUCUUUUAUUCUUCGUGCGCUGAGCCUGAGGUACUACUGCAGCAGUACAACUUCAUCGUCCUGUAAUAGUAAUAUCCACUAUGCUUGAUAUGAAAUAUGAAAAUUUGAGGUCGUCCAACAUGGCAGUAUCCGAAUAUCUAGAAACCAGCUGGGGAAAACUGGAGUUGUACAACAACCGGUUCGGGCACAUCGAGCGGCACGAGAGGAUCUUGGCCGAGGACAAGCGGAAGACGUACAAAAAGUAUGGCUCCAAAAUUGAAGCCAUGAUCCUGGUGUUGCAGAAGAUCCUGGAGGACGACCCGAGUGCGAAGUGCAUCGUGUUUGCGCAGUGGAAAAUGAUUGAAGAGAAGAUUGAGAGCGCUUUCCACGGGUACCGCUUGCCCUACACGACUCUGUACGGUUCCCCGACAUGCAAGGCGAGAAUUCUGAAGGACUUCCAAGUCACCUACCCCACCGGUCAAGCCAUUCCACACGGUGUGCCCCGGAUCCUGGUGAUGUCUUUUGAAAACAACGCUUCCGGGGCAAAUCUCACCAGUGCCAACCACGUGCUCUUCGCGCAUCCCAUGGGUAAGUAUCUACAAGAAACCACUUCCUGACUAUUUUCACUAGGUCGCUUUGGGAUUUGGUCCUUUUUCUGUCACUGGUAGUUUAUCUUUAGGUCACUGGCAGCACAGUAAGAUUGAUGUUUCAUGGAUCGAGGGAAAGGCUCUUUCUCAGUUUGGAGCACGACACGGAAAAUUGAAACGGAAUAGAAAGAAACUAAAAUCGCUCAUUUACACCAGUGGCGAACACCUUCUCCAAAGCCCUCGCGUACGAAACGCAAGCGAUUGGAAGAGCGAGACGGUACGGACAGAAAAAAACCGUGCACGUGUGGAGAUUCGUUACCCGAGAUACCGUGGAAACAGAAGUCGUUAUCCAGCAUCAAUUGGCUCUGAAGAAACGCGCAGCAGCGAAGCGGGUUCUUGCAGACCGAGUCGCGGAACGACAGGAGGCUAGUGCGGCGAGCAGUAGCAGCAGCAGUGGCAAGGGCGUUGCUACGGAUGCGAACACUGUUAGUAGUUCUUCGGCAGUGGAUCUUCCAAUGCGCGACGCUACUACCGUCUGGGGAAUCCUCCGAGCGGCGCUGUUGAAGGUCAGGCGCUUUCUUUUUUGCCGUAGAUAAUCUAGGGCAGAUUUUCACUCACUAAGUGCGUCGAAAACUACCACUACCAUUAAAUGCACCGGUCGCAUGCUUUUUUCUUUUCAGAGUUGAAAUAUCAGUUUUUCGAGGAUUUACAAGUGAGCUGCAGAGCAUCAUGAGCCAUCCAAAUUUCCAAUGAAAAAAGGUUGGCCUGGGGAUACAUGUUAUGGUCAAGGAUGUCAAGACCGACGUUCUUGCGAGCGGGUUCACCGAGGAACAGUUAACGCAGACGCUACUUACUUUUGCGUCUCGGGGCAUCAUUAAGCGAGGCGCUUGGAUAGGCGAAGCCUAUUUCUACACUCAUCGACGGGAGCUGCCGCAUUCCUAAUCGGCAUCGGCAUGCCCAUUGCAUUUGCAAAUGCGAAUCCCAAUGGAUGCGCACAAUAGGUCGUUUGCUUUGAUUGCUACCGAAGUUGGGUGUGUAUGCCUAUGCACCCCUAAGAAAACGCGAUUCAGUAUUCCAUAGGGCGACUGUGUAUGAUUGUGUCCCAUCUGUAUUUCUAACAAUUUCCUAGAAGAUGAACAACGCAGAUUCGCUGGAUCAAAGACAAAAUCAAAAGGGAGGUGUGACAGAAGUCUACAAGGAAGUAAAUGGCAAUUGGCAAGCAACAAGUGGACGCGUACGAUGUGUGAUUUGUCUCGCUGGACAAAAAUCAUUUCUUUCUCCUUGUAAUUCCACACGUAUUUAUUUGCAGGUGCGAAAGUCAAAUACCGUCGUGUUUCUGCUGAUAGUAAUGAGGGGCAAAUAUUACGAGGAAAUAAGGGACAGAGAGUACAACUUUCAUCUCGUCUUGUCACGUUCAUCGAGGACGUCCUGUCACCAUAUAAUGCUUGUUCUUAUCCCAUCAAUCGUGG